UAUAGCCAUCAAACCGCGGUCACACCAUUCGGUUCAACGACAAAGUAGGAAAUAUUUUCCACUCCUGAUAUCAAAUAUUUUUGCACUUUUAUAAGCGUUGUCAGGCAAUUUUGUGUCCGCGUCUUCGCCGUUUUUACAACCAAUAAAACCAUCGACCUUGCCCAGUGCGUGUGCCUUCGUCACCAGUGGAAAAACAUUACGUAGGGGCGCAGGACGGAAGAAAGCAGGAAAAGAAAAGAUCUAAAAAUAUUUUUAAUCGCCGUGAAAGUAACCAGCGGAUUUUAGUCGCAAAUUAUUAUUUCAUUUGCGGUGCGAGGACACAGUUAUCUGCGAAAAUGGUAUUGAAAGUCUACGUCAGCGGCAUGUCCGGCAAUAAGGAGGUGAAGAAGCGCCAGCAGCGAGUUCUGAUGAUUCUGGACAGCAAGAACAUCAAGUACGACACGGUGGACAUCACGGAGCCCGGCAAGGAAUCCGAGAAGGAGCUGAUGCAGAACAAAUCGACGAGCAACGGCGGCACGGUCAGCGACCCAGAGCCCCGUCAUCCGCUUCCUCCGCAGCUCUUCAACGACGAAGAGUACUGCGGCGACUACGACGCCUUCGACAUGGCCAACGAGAUCGACACCCUGGAGGUGUUCCUCAAACUGGCCCCCGCCGACACCACGGCGGUUAGUACCGCCCAAAUCGAACUGAAGCAGGAGAACGGCGAUGCCAAGAAGGAGGAGGCAGAAGCGGAGGCGGCUGCGGAUGCGGAGGAGAAGAAACCAGAGGCCGGCGAUGGCGGUGUCAAGGAGGAGGAGGAGGCUGCGGAGAAGGCCGAGAAUGAAGACGUUGACGGCGAGGACAAGGAGAAUUCAAAGGGCGAGGCUGAAGACGCUCAAGAUAGUACCGAGCAAAAGACUGAAACCGAAGAAUCUGGGGAUAAGAAAAAGGAGGAGGAAACUGCAGAAGCUGAAGGUGAGAAGCAGGAAGAAUCCGAGGAAGCGGAUACCAAGGAAGAAUCAGAGGUUGAGGGUACCAAAGAUGAUAAGGAUGUAAAAUCCGAGGAUGUUGCAGAUGAUGAGGAUAAAAAGUCCGAGGAUGUUGCAGAUGAUGAGGAUGAAAAGUCCGAGGAUGAUAAAGAUAAUAAGGGUGCAAAGUCCGAGGAUGUUAAAGAUAACAUAGAGGGAAAUGAGAGCACAGAAACAUCGGAGGAUGUUGAUACUGAUGAAAAGUUAGAGGCAGAGGCCACCAAUGAAGAAAAGUCCGAGGAUGUCGAUGCCGCUGAAAAAUCAGAUGCAGAAAGUACCAAGGACGACGGCGAUGAAAAAGCUGAGGAAACUGAGAGCACCAAAGCCAACGAGGAUGAUAAAUCAGAGGAGGUUCAGGAAAAAUCUGAGGAAAGUGUAACAGAAAAGCCCGCGGAGGCGGAUAGUGCUCCAAAGUCAGAGGUUGAGAGUACCGAAGGUGAGAAGCCUGAACAAUCGGUGGAUGUUGAUGAUAAAGUGGAGGAAACAGACAACACCAAAGAGUCCGAUGAAGUUGAAAGUACUGAAGUAUCUGAGGUUGCCAGUACCAAAGACGAAGAGGAAGCAAAAUCAGAGGAAAAUCAGACCCAAGAAAAGCCCGAGGAAGUAAGUGCAGCAGAACAAUCUGUAGAUGAAACCGAAGAGGAGGCAAAAGAAACCACCGAGAAGGAAAAACCCGCAGCAGAAGCGGAGGCAGAACCCACGCCCGAAAAUGAAGAAGGCAAACCGGCUGAGGAGAAUUCCUCCGACGAAGAAAGCGAAGAAGACGAAUCUGUGGUCGCAGCCUUUGCCGGCACCUUCUUCUGGUUUUUCUGGUUCUGGGCUGGUUUCUUACCACCCUUUCCCUUUCCACCUUUACGUGGCUUUGCCCAGGCGGAAGCCUUCUUAACCGGCGCAGCGGCAGCAGCCUCAUCCUCAUCACCGGCAGCCUCUUCGUUGGCCUCAUCCUUGAUGCCCUGCUUCUCAGGUGCCUUUGUGUCCCCGAAGAGCGUCUUCAUGUCCUUGCGCUCCAGCGUAACCGUGACCGUAACUAUGGCCCCGGCGGUUACCACAUUGGUGUUCUCAUCGUCGAUGACCUCGCAACGAAUGGAGAAGUCAAUCAGCGGCAUCUUGCCCAGCACUUUCAUCGUGUUCUCGUACUCAAAGUCCGAUAGCACCUUGUCGCCACUGAAGCGGAUGGAUCGGUACCACCAAACACCCACCGCCGAGGGCAUGGCCACCAUGAAGACCAGGCCGUACAGUCCCAAAACCCAAACGCUGUUCUCCUUCUCCACAAUCCACGAGGGCAGGGCGAUGCCAAAGGACAUGGCACCCGGUCCAUCCGGAUUACCGUUGUCCCAUGAACAAGCUCACGUGCUGAAGAGAAAACUCUGUGAACUGAUUCGUGAUUCUCCGCCACCGCGAACUGGAACUGAAACUCGGGAAAAUGAAAAAAUCCGGUUAAAGUUAAACGCAGAUAAUGAGCGGGCCCGUCAGAUCAUUUUCGAUGCCGUUUGGGAGCAACGAAAAUAUACCAACCGUCAAUCGCUAACGGCGAUCAUUUACGUAAUGGUGGUAACUGACGAAACGGACGUUAAUCGCGCCGAGGACUGCAGAGCUUUCAGUGUGCACCCAGUCUUUCGGGCCCGUCGCUGCGUCACUGACAGCAGUGGCACCAGCAGCGAUAGCUCGAAUUGCUGCAAUCUAUUUAUCGAUGAGUUGGGUCGGGUCUACCAAAACUGGGAACAGUAUGUGGAAAGCAACGAGUUGCCCGCCGGAGUGAUGGUGGCCCCAGAGAGGGGUAUUUACCGCCUGGUCAGCGAUCAAGUACGUCUGGAUAAGUACAUAACGCCGGCGGGCACCACCAACAGAAGGGUGCUUGGCUACCUGGAUACUGGUUCGGCAGUCGGAGGAUUUCUUGCUGCCUGCGUGCCUAUAGCUGCCCUGCUAACGCUGCCGGUAUCCGGUCCGGUGAUGGCCAUAGCGGGAGGAGUAGGUUUGGCCAGUGCUGGAUACGCCACAACGCGUUCUGGCAGCAGGUUAGUCGAUCGCAGCCAACACGAGCAGUCUAUCAAUGUGACGGACCGUGAGGCGCGUGGUCAUUGGCUGGGCGUGAUUGCUGGCGCUGUUGGAUUGGGAGCGGCUGGCGCCACCACAGCCUUAACAACGGCCACAAAUGCCGGACGCGAAGUGGGAGCGAUCACCCAAAUGACUGUGAAUGGCAUGAACAUAUCCUCGAUCGUGGUUUCGGGCACUGGAGUGGCCAACGGUAAAGCAAAAGAUGGUGAUGACAUUACUGGAAUGGAUGUUCUGCAACUGUCCGCAUCGUUGGUGCUGCUCACGCACAGUGUCUACAACUUUAAAUUGGCUUCUACCAUAAUUAAUGAGACAAGCAAUGCUAAUAUUGCCGACUAUCGUAGAAAUCUUUCUAAUAGACAGAGACGAGCCUUUGACAAGGCUUCCAGGGAGACCGUUCGGAUGAAUGGCAACACUCGCGGGAAGCUGGACAUUAUACGCAACGUAAACGAAAUGUCGCCUCAGGAGUUUAAUGAUCUUUAUAAGAUCAACAGAAACUUGAAUCAGGAGGGCGUGCGAUACUCAUUUGCAUCCGAGGGCACCGGCUUUUUGCUAAAUGGCGAGGUACAGACGACGGGAGCGGAACUGCGAGCCAGUGUACAGCAUAACCAAGGACCGAAUGUCCUAGGCACAGUAAGUCAGCCCAUUCCCGGUAGCCAUGCGGGGUCAGGUCGCCUGCAACUGGACGGCGUUAACCAGGUUUCCCGACUAAUCGGACCGCUGCCCACAUCCCAUCCCCGACCGGAACCAAGUACUUAUGCCGCCGGCGUGUUUAUCUUAGAGAUGAGCUCCGUGGUGGUGAGCGGUGUUGUUUUCGCAAUGCAGAAAUAUGGAACAAUCAUCUUUGAGCACGUGAUCAAUGCUGAAAGCUUUGAGCAUCUAAUCAACGGCAUGGCAAAUAACCUUGAACCAGAAGUCUUUGACUUUAUUAUGAAUCUGACCCAAACCUUCAUGGACACCAUGCUGGAAAACCUGACCUCGGUGCUAAAGUUCUAUAUAUCAACGGAGUCUGUUCUGUAUCGAAUUUUGAGGCAGAUUUUAUGGAACUAUAGAGACAUGCCAUAUUCUGUGAUUGCGGAUCACACUACCGAUAUCAUAGAUGCCGUCAGGGCGUACUUCCUCACCCUCAACCCAAAUGCGUUCCCGGGAAUGCCUAGGAGGACAAAAAAGGACGAGGACCCUGAGGAUCUGCAGUCCUUCCUUAACAAUUUCCAUAAGGAAAUCGAAGGCAACAGCGAUGAGAAGGUGGUGAACACAAUUUUGGAGGCCAUUAGUGCCGAGGCCAUCGACUUGGAUGAAAAUGAUGAGGAGGCGGGCGGAUCGAAACCGCUGGAGGAGGAUGCGGAGGUCCUGGAGCAGUUGGCUGAAUUGGAGGAAGCGGAGGAGGAAGACGACGAGGACAAGUACUUCAUAGAUGACGAGGGCAACUGCUACAUCAAGACUACGCCCAAGAAACAAAAAGAGCUCCAAAAGAAGAUCAAACAGACUGGCAAGCCUGGGAAAGGCACACGUUCCGUUGUCAGUACAGCCACCAAUAAAUCCAUCAAUUUGCGCCCAGCCAAAUCGACACCCAAGGCGGCUACUUCGAAACCUGCCCCAGACUCCAAGGCAAUUAGCGUUCGUCCUGCCCGAGCAGCUGCAGCCAAGACGAAGCAAUCUGCUAUGCCACCCCCGCCGACACCAGUGGUCAAGGUACCGGCACCCAGGGGCAGGCCGAGAAAGAAUCCUGUCAUACCGAAGCCCGAACCGAUCGAUUUGGAGCGCGAGCUCGAGGAGCUGGUAGAUGAGCCCGACAUCAGUACAAUGGUGACCGAAUUGUCGGACUACGCCGUAGACGAAGCUGCCGUAGAUGCUGUCUCAGCUACCCUGGCGCCAAACGAGGCUGAGGUGUACGAGUUUGAGGACAAUGCGACAGAGGAUGAGAGUGCGGACAAGAAGGACGUAGAUUUUGUGCUAAGCAACAAGGAGGUGAAGCUGAAGCCAGCUUCUACCAGCCAGAACUCAAAUGCUUCGGGACAUAAGUACUCAUGCCCACACUGCCCGUAUACGGCGAACAAGAAGUUUUUGAUCACGCGCCACUCCCGGAGUCAUGACGUCGAGCCAUCCUUCAAAUGCUCCAUCUGCGAGAGGUCCUUCCGAUCGAACGUGGGAUUGCAAAAUCACGUAAACACGCACAUGGGCAAGAAGCCGCACAAGUGUAAGCUCUGCGAAAGCGCCUUCACCACCAGCGGAGAGCUGGUCCGUCACACGCGCUACAAGCACACCAAGGAAAAACCGCACAAGUGCACGGAGUGCACCUACGCCAGCGUGGAACUGACCAAACUGCGCCGCCACAUGACCUGCCAUACGGGCGAGAGACCAUAUCAAUGUCCGCACUGCACCUACGCCUCGCAGGACAUGUUCAAGCUGAAGCGACACAUGGUGAUCCACACGGGCGAGAAGAAGUACCAAUGCGACAUCUGCAAGUCACGAUUCACGCAGUCCAACUCCCUGAAGGCCCACAAGCUCAUCCACAGCGUGGUCGACAAGCCCGUCUUUCAGUGCAACUUCUGUCCGACGACUUGCGGGCGGAAGGCUGACCUGCGCAUUCACAUCAAGCACAUGCACACCUCUGAUGUGCCGAUCACUUGCCGGCGCUGUGGCCAGCAGCUACCCGACCGCUAUCAAUACAAGCUGCACGUAAAGUCGCACGAGGGCGAGAAGUGCUACAGCUGCAAGCUCUGCAGCUACGCUUCGGUCACCCAACGCCACCUGGCCUCACACAUGCUCAUCCAUCUGGACGAAAAGCCGUUCCACUGCGAACAGUGCCCACAGGCCUUCCGGCAGCGUCAAUUGCUGCGUCGCCAUAUGAAUCUCGUACACAACGAAGAGUAUCAGCCACCAGCGCCGCGCGCGAAACUGCACAAGUGCCCGAGCUGUCCGCGGGAGUUUACCCACAAGGGUAAUCUAAUGAGACACAUGGAGAUUCACGACGAUUCGGCAAAUGCUCGCGAAAAGCGGCAUCGCCUUAAGUUGGGCAGAAAUGUGCGACUCCAGAAGGAUGGCACUGUCAUCACGUUGAUCAAGGAUCAGUAUGUGGAUGAGGACCAGGAGGACAACGAAGAGGAAGACAACCCAGAGAGCUAUGACCUAGCUGAAAUCGAGCCAGAGAACUCGGAGGGUGAAGAGCCUGAAGAUGUGGAAACCAUAGUCAGCGAUCCGAUCCGGCAGAGAACUAAGCCCGCACCUGUUAUUAUCAACAAACAGGCAAGGCUUGCCGCCUCCGAAAAGCAACCGAUGAUCAUCAAUCAGCGCCUCCGAAGCCAACGGGGCACCAAGACGUUCCAUAUCAAGGAGGAGCCGGACAACUCGGACUUCACCGUGGAAUGGCAAGGGGAUGACGGCGAGGUUAUGGUCGUUGAGCUGGUUAAUGGCGACGAGGAGGUGUUGGUCAAGCACGAGCCGAGCGCCAACUCCAAGAUUAGUGCCAAAAACUGCUUUGGUUUCGAGGACGACGAUGAUUAUGAGGAGUACGGCGAUGCGGAAAACGAAGUUGAUGGCGCUUCCCAGGAGUUUCUGCAGCUGAUGGAUAUGAUUGAGCAGGAUUCUUAGUCUCCUGAAAACAAAGCUUAUAUAUAAGAAAUGAU